AUGACUGCUUGCAAGUCGGCCACGACACCAGUUGACACGUCGCCGAAGCUCGCUGCUACUGUCGGUCCUUCAGUGGCCGAUCCCACAGAGUACCGGAGUCUCGCCGGAGCUCUCCAGUACCUCACUUUUAUGCGCCCCGAUAUCGCGUAUGCUGUUCAGCAGGUUUGUCUUCAUAUGCACGACCCGCGUGAGCAGCACCUAGCGGCCAUCAAGUGCAUCUUGCGCUACGUCAAGGGCAUGCUUUCUCAUGGCCUUCAGCUCUACUCGACUUCGCCUGACUCCAUGAUCGCCUACACUGACGCCGACUGGGCCGGCUGCCCUGAAACUCAGUGCUCAACGUCGGGCUUCUGUGUCUACCUCGGUGACAACCUCAUCUCUUGGCCGUCCAAGCGGCAACACACGGUCUCUCGCUCUAGCGCUGAAGCCGAGUACCGCGCUGUGGCCAACGCCGUGGCUGAGGCGAGUUGGCUUCGGCAACUUCUCUAG